GUGUAUAGUGCACGAGCGCCACCUGUCGGAAAGUCUCUGGUUGUCCGCCAUUGACGAACAAAUAUUCGCUUGUUCAUUACAACUAAUGUCAACAGUGGCUUUUGCGGUACUACGUGAUCAAAACAUGUGACGUCACCGUGGCUUCUAUAUUUUUCUGGAACGGACACCGAAAGUGAGAGCUCAGAGUGGUGUUGGGGGGAUUCCCCAUCCGUGUUUCCAACGUAAAUUGACCAAUGGAAUUGACACUCAGAUCACGUGAUUGAUAAUUUCAUUUCCUGUUAUAUAUUGAGAACGUAGCAAGUUCCCAAUUUGUUUAAUUUUCGUUCUUCAGACUAAGUUUCUUCCUUUCAACAGUUAUAAUCACAGAUUUAAGGUUAUUACAUACACAUCUGUAGUUUGAGGACAGAAUGGAUAUUCAGCCAAAGACAGAUCCAAAUGAUGAAUCGCAUUUCACAAGUCCUAAUGUUAUGGAGACUAUUAAGCUAGAACGUGAUGCAUAUAAGGAAAAACUGGAUCACAUGAAAGUGUUUAUCAAUGAACUGAAACGUGAGUUGCAGUCACAGAGAAUCCGGAAUGAGGGAGUGGAAACUGUGUCCAAGCUUCUCAGUGAAUCGAGGCAAGAAAUCUUAACACUCCAACGGCAAAAAAAAACUUUGGAAACGCUCAUUAGAAAUUUGCAGAAUAGGCUUGCAAUAAAUGGUUUAUCAAACAGUGUGACCUUUGGUGAAAAUGAAUUAUUUAUUCCAGGCAUCUCCAAGCAGAUUUUAGACAAUUUGGCAAAAGAAAAUGCCAGAUUGCGGAACAUGAUUGGGACUCCUUCAGAUGUUGGAGGAUUUAAAAGUAAUUCCAUGUUGCAAGAGAUAGUUGACAAAUUAACAACUGAAAAUGCUAAUCUUCAAGGGGAGAUUGACAGUGUGCAGAAAAAGGUGGUGGAAUUUGAGAAUACACUACAUUCAUCUUCCAGUGAUAAGGACAAGGAAAUUGCCAACCUGCGUGAUUGUAUUAAGAGGGUUCAGAAAGACUCUCAACUUCAGAAUGUUUUGUGUCAUUCUAUGUCGGGGGAAAUUGGCAGUCUGCGUGGAAAGCUGCACAACUUUGUUGUUGACUGUCAGACUCUGGAAAUGAGGCUGGAGGAAUCAGAGAAGAAGAUCAAGAAACAAGAAGAACCAGUCAGUGAGGAGAAUUUACCCACAACUGUCACACUGCAACAGGCAAGUGAAGAGAACCAAGAUUUGACUACCAUUAAGGAAGAAAACCAAAAACUGCACGAGAAGUUACAAGAGGUUAUAGAAAUGAAUAACAGGUGGCAAGACUACAACAGUGCGAGAGAAAAGUAUGUGCAGAGUUUACAUAAUAAAAUUGCUGACCUAGAACAAAGAUUGAAGUCAAUGCCACAGUCAGAAACACAACAAAAAAUGGAUGGAUUACUUCGAUGUGCAACUGAAAAACUUCAAAAAGAGGCUGAAACAAUCGAAAAGCUCAAAGCUGAACUUGAACAGUCGCGAGCUGAGAAACAAAGACUACAGACUAUGGUGGUAACCAGCGAUGAUGCAGCAACAAUCGAGGCUCUGAAGGCUCAGAUACAGAUAUGUACUGAAGACUUUGAAACCGAGCGACAGGAUCGCGAGAAAGCACAGAACAUCAUUGGCCAGCUGCAGUCCGAGCUGAAUAAGUUGAAGAAAGAAAAGCAACAGCAGCAGCAUCUGAUGCAGUACCAAAACCGAGACUUCAGCAACAUCCCAGCCCCCAAGACGUAUUUACGUCCAACAUACCCCACUCUUAGACCUGACGUAAGCCUUCAGAGUCGAGGUAUAUCAGCAGACGGAAAUGUCCCUGAUGGUUUAAGAAGUGAUGGCCCAGAACCUGAGGGAAUGGGUCCAGUGUCAUUACCUGUGACAAAGUCACCAUGUUUCUUUGGCCAGGGUUUAGCUGUAAGAAAGAAAUCAGAUGACUUGUGUUGUCCAAAAUGUAGUCUGGGCUUUUCAGAAGCAGAACAGGACAAGUUGUUGGAGCAUAUGGAGGAAUGCUGUGAAUAAAUGGCUGGUAAUAAAACCAUUUAAACAAUGAAGUUCAUCAUUCAUCAGAUUAACACAGACUUUUCUAAGUCUGAUUUGGUCCUUAAUUCUUUUGAUGACCUACAUGUAUAAAGUUUGCUGCAACUUAGUUUGUGUACUACCAUUCUUUAGCUUUUGUUUUAAUACUAGUAGGUUUUUAGUUUGUUUUCAGUGUAUUGUGUAAUGUAUUUGUGUGUUUGAAUUAAAUUUCUGUUACAUUCAUUACAACAUACAACGUCAUCUCAUUGAUCAAGACAUAGCAAAGGGAGUUUGUUCAUUUCUUGAUGAAUGUAAAAAUUACAUUGUCAGGGAACAUCA